AUUUAUCAUCGAGAACAUGGGCGACACGGACUUUGAUGCGCUUAAGAGUGCAGCUGAGUUCCUGAUUGAUUCACUGCAAGAUCCUGCAGCUGUGGUUUUGGGGUCAUGCCCGGGCGAAGGGAAGGUGAGUUUGGUUGCAGCAUUUAGUCCUGGUAUUAUUGGGAUUGGACUCCAUGCUGGGAAAUUCAUAGGAAGCAUAGCUAAGAUUUGCGGAGGCGGCGGAGGUGGAAGGCCUAACUUCGCUCAGGCAGGUGGAAAGAAACCUGAGAAUUUGCCGGAUGCGCUCGAGAAAGCUCGAUCAGAGCUCAUCGCUGCUUUCACUGAUAUGAAAUAGGUGAAAUUUGGAGUAAAGUUGCAAUUCAACUUAUCUUGCAUUAUUGUUCAUGAUGUCCUGAAGAUUUAUGUGGUUUCAAAGUUAUUGCUCAGUGUAACAUAUAUAAAAUAUAGUAUAAUAUCAUAUUACCCAUAGUUUGUGUACAU